UCACAAGAGAAGAAAGUGGUGGUGUACGGCCUCACGUCCUCGGCGCACGAGUUUACUCUCGGCGGUCGGCUUCGAUUUUCUCCGGGCGCGACGAUGAGUUGCCAAAGAAACGCUGGCAAGAUCACGGUGCCCGAAGACCUCAGGAAUAUACUACUUGAGUUUACGAUCAGUUAUCUUCUCGAGCAACCUGGCGACAUAAUUGAUUAUGCUGUUGAAUUUUUUACUCGUUUACGUGAUAAUCGACAAACAAUGUUGAUCCAAUCUAAUGCUACGUGUUCAUCAACACCCGACGAAUCUGUCGAGGAAGAGCCACCCGUUGGUAGAUUUGCUAUAAGGAGAAAAAGCGUCUUCGCAGAAACUUAUGAUCCAGAAGAAGAUGAAGAAGAUGAGGGUGCCAAGAUGGUGUAUCCAAAAAGCGACGAACAGCGGCAGAGGCUGAGCGAGAGCGUUAAAAAUAUUCUUCUAUUCCGUGCUCUCGAUAAGGAACAAAUGGCAGAUGUACUGGAUGCGAUGUUUGAAAAGAACGUCGAACCGGGAGAUUAUAUCAUACGUCAGGGCGAUGAUGGUGAUAAUUUUUACGUCAUUGAGAGAGGCAAGUUUGAGGUAUACGUUAAAGAUCCAUCAGGCAAGGAUAUGUUGAUCCACACGUACGAUAACGGCGGAGCAUUCGGAGAAUUGGCGCUUCUUUACAAUAUGCCACGUGCAGCAACUAUUAAAGCCUUCACGAAAGGCACACUGUGGGCCAUGGAUCGGCAAACAUUCCGACGUAUAUUGUUAAAGUCUGCAUACAAGAAACGUAAAAUGUACGAGAAUUUGAUCAACAAAGUCCCGAUGCUCAAGUCGCUCGAGACUUAUGAACGAAUGAAUCUCGCUGACGCAUUAGCUCCGAAGCAUUUCUCCGACGGCGAACAGAUUAUCCGUCAAGGUGAUAUGGCCGAUGGGAUGUACUUUGUCGAGGAUGGGCUUGUUAGGAUCACGAUUAUCGGUGAAAACGGUCGUGAGGUAGAGAUCAAUCGUGUACCCGCUGGUGGUUAUCUAGGUGAACUGGCUCUAGUCACACACAAGCCACGCGCUGCCUCUGCAUACGCAGUUGGAAAUGUCAAGCUUGCCUUUUUGGACGUCGAGGCUUUUGAACGGCUGCUUGGUCCUUGUAUGGAAUUGAUGAAGCGCAAUAUCGACGACUAUGAAGAUCAAUUAAUAAAGAUAUUUGGCAGUAAAACUGACAUCUCCGACAUCCGAUGA